AUGCACAGACACAGUGAAAGCAGGAGCCUGGGAGGUGCUGAAGCUGAGACAGGCAUCUUCAUGGCUGCAUGUCCAGCUUGGUACAUGGCCAUCAUCCACCCCCUCCAGCCCCGGCUGUCGGCCACAGCCACCAAGGUGGUCAUCUGUGUCAUCUGGGUCCUGGCUCUCCUCCUGGCCUUCCCCCAGGGCUACUACUCAACCACGGAGACCAUGCCCAACCGAGUGGUGUGCAUGAUCGAAUGGCCAGAGCAUCCCAACAAGAUUUAUGAGAAAGUGUACCACAUCUGUGUGACUGUGUUGAUCUACUUCCUCCCCCUGCUGGUGAUAGGUUAUGCGUACACUGCAGUGGGCAUCACACUGUGGGCCAGCGAGAUCCCUGGGGACUCCUCUGACCGUUACCACGAGCAAGUCUCUGCCAAGCGCAAGGUGGUUAAGAUGAUGAUUGUUGUUGUAUGCACCUUUGCCAUCUGCUGGCUGCCUUUCCACAUCUUCUUCCUCCUGCCUUACAUCAACCCUGAUCUCUACCUGGAGAAGUUUAUUCAGCAGGUUUACCUGGCCAUCAUGUGGCUGGCCAUGAGCUCUACAAUGUACAACCCCAUCAUCUACUGCUGCCUCAAUGACAGGUUUCGUCUGGGCUUCAAGCAUGCCUUUCGGUGCUGCCCUUUCAUCAGUGCUGGUGACUAUGAGGGGCUCGAAAUGAAAUCCACUAGGUACCUCCAGACGCAGGGCAGUGUGUAUAAAGUCAGCCGCCUGGAGACCACUGUCUCCACAGUGGUGGGGACCCAUGAGGAAGACCUGGAAGAAGGCCCUAAGGCCAUGCCUUCAUCCCUGGACAAGACCUCCAAUGACUCCUCUCGCAGCGACUCUAAGACCAUGAUGGAGAACUUCAGCUUCUACUCCAACAUGCUCUCCUAG